UUAGCCACAAUUUAAAAUAAAAUAAAGUAAAAAUUUAUCAAUAAUUUAGAACGCAAAAUUUUAAGUUCAAUUCUUUAACUAAACCCCCGCGGUCUUUCACUCCCCCUCACCCAACCUUAUUUACAAGUAAGAGUUAUUUUGUCAUUUGUGGGUGCUUGGUUAAUCCCCUGUCAUCAAUAAAACCAAGAAUUCAGUUGUAAAGACUAGAGGCAGAGCCCCUAACAAACAUGAGAAGAGGUAGAAGAGAAUCCCUUUAAAACCCUGAUUCAAUCCUACUUCUAUCAUUCUUGUCCUCUUUUUCUCAAUUCUUUUUCUGCAUUGUUCUCUUCUGUACCCUAAUCUUAUCCGUCUUCAUAUUAAAUUUUCAUGUUCUACUGUUUUUGUUCAUCAAUUUGAUAUUCAAAUUUGCUCCGACGCCAUUGUUACAUGAAAAUUGUACUCUUUAAUAUACACGUAGUUGAAUCUGACAGAUUUCGGAGAUAGCGCUAAUGGAAGGAUUGCCUGUAAAUUCGCCAAAAGAGGUAAAAGAAAUCUUUCGUGAUUUCAUGAAAAGACGCGCUGGUUUAAUCAAGGCUCUCACUACUGACUUUCGAAAGGUUUAUCAGCAAUGCGAUCCUGAGAAGGAGCACUUGUGUCUAUAUGGACUUCCAAAUGAAACAUGGGCAGUUAGUGUACCGGCUGAACAAGUACCUGUGGAAGUUCCUGAGCCCACACUAGGUAUUAACUUUGUUAGGGAUACCAUGCCGGAGAAAGAUUGGCUAUCAUUGGUUGCACUUCACAGUGAUUCGUGGCUAAUUGCUGUAGCAUUUUACUUUGGUGCUGUUUUAAGGAUUAACAAAACUGACAGGAAGCAGCUAUUUCAGAUGAUAAACGAUUUACCUACCAUCAAUGAAGCUUUGCUUUCGUAUGCUAAUCAACCAAAUGAUCAUUCUGGUACUCAUAACAGCAGCAGCGAAAUCAAAUCUAGUAGAAAGACCCGACAGUCUGAGAACCACACUAGUAAGCCUAUGAAAAUGACUAUGCCACCAAAGGAAGACGAGCGUGGGGUGGAAGAAUAUAAAGAUGAACAUGAACAUGAUUUAACACUAUGUGGUGCAUGCCGCGAGGUGUAUAUUGCUGGUGAGUUUUGGAUUUGUUGUGAUACAUGCGAGGAAUGGUUCCACGGUGCAUGUGUACGAAUCACACCAGCAAAAGCCAAACAUAUCGAGCAAUAUAAAUGCCCAGGCUGCAGUAGAAAACGAACUCGAAAUUGAGAAGAUUUGGUAGGAAGAAGCAAGUUUGUCAAGUUAUGGUUUGUACAGCUUAUUGUUCAGUUCACUGUUAAGAUCAAUGGGGUCAGCAGUAAUAUAGAAACACUAUAAUUCAUUGUGUUGAUUACAGUUUUGUUAGUGUAUUAGUAUCACCAACAUGGGUAAGGUUUUGUAUAUUCGAUCUCCAAACCUUACCCUAGAUAGAAGUCACUUAAUGGUAUUGGGGUAACGUAAUGUAUGAUGUCGAUUUGUUUUGGUUAGUGUAGUUGAAAUCAUAUGUUGAGAUUACCUACAAGCAAAUACGGAAGUUUUGAGGUUAGAUAAGAAUCUAAUUGAUAUUAAUAUACAAGAAAAUACACUCUCAUUCACAUCAAGUUUGAUACUACUUUCAA